ACACACGUUCCGCCACAUUUUGUGUGUCAUCUAGGAUUUUAUUCCUGGAUUUAUUUCUGCCUGAUCAGCGGUUCUGUCCUUUUCACAUUCAAAACUUCCCUGAAAGUUCACAUUUUGAGGCUUCGUAUCAAGUUAUUCAUGUCAGGUUUGAGGAAACCAUCCAGCACUGAGUAAAUGAAACCUGGAUGUUUUAGGUUCCGUUUGAAACUGUGAAGAUGGGGAAGAAAAGAGGAAAAGACAAAAGCUUUAAAGAAGAUGAUGACUUCGAUCUGGCAGUGCGAUCCUGCAGACACAUCAUGAAGGGAACAGACAAAACUCUCCUCAAGAAACUUGCCUCCAUCUCUGAUUGGACGAGCUGUCAGGACUGUAAGCAUGAAGAGGAUAAAGAAAACAUCAGCACGGAUCAGCCUGAGGACUCUGAAACAGCAGGGAUGUGGAUGUGCUUGAAAUGUGGCCACAGAGGAUGUGGGAGGAAUUCGGAGAACCGGCACGCCAUCCAGCAUUUUGAAACUCCUCGAUCAGAACCGCACUGCUUGGUGGUCAGUUUGGACAGCUGGAGUGUGUGGUGUUACAUCUGUGACGACGAAGUCCAGUACUCCAGAACGGGAUAUCUGGCUCAGCUGGUGACCAACCUCAAGAAGCAGACCUCUUCAGAGUCAGUAAAGAAACAAGACAAAAGAGUGAAAGAGGAAGAUGACUUAUUAGAAGCCGAACAAAAAGCCGAGGCUGUAGCAGCAGAGGAAGGCGAGAACAAGGAGAACAAAGAAAACAGGGAGCCUCAAAAGAGAACCAGCAAAAGAGAGGCAGCUGGGAAAUCACUGAAGUCUGACACAACUGAGGGAAGCGGCGGCGUUUCCGUUAAAGGCCUGAGCAACCUGGGAAACACUUGCUUCUUUAAUGCAGUCAUUCAGAAUCUCUCUCAAACGCAGCUUCUGAGACAAACUCUGAAUAAAGUCACAGAGGAGGAAACCAGUCUGGACAUCAAACCCUGUCUGGAUCUGGCGCCGAUAGCGGUGGAAUUAGAUCGGCCCGGCUCCCUGACCGUGGCCAUGUGUCAGCUCCUCAAUGAGAUCCGGGAGACGAAGAAAGGCGUGGUGACCCCGAGGGAGCUGUUCACACAAGUCUGUAAAAAAGCUGCCAGGUUCAAAGGGUUCCAGCAGCAGGACAGUCAGGAGCUGCUGCGCUACCUGCUGGACGGGAUGCGGGCCGAGGAGCUGAAGAGGGUGAGCUCGGGAAUCAUGAAGGCAUUGAAAGAAUCUAGAAAAGACGCAGAUGGAGAGGAGCUGAAAUCACUGGUAAAAGAGUAUGAGAAAAAUGGAUCUCCCAAGAAUUUCGUCGACCAGGUGUUUGGUGGGGAAAUGACCAGCACUAUAAUGUGUCAGCAGUGUAAAACGGUCUCUGUAGUGAGAGAGAUGUUUUUGGAUCUGUCCCUUCCUGUAGCAGAUGAGGCUUACAGGAAGAAAAACCAGAAAAAAGUAGUUCAGAAGGCGAGUGCGACGAGCCAAGACGGCCGCAGCAGCCCCGCCUCGGCCAGCGGGAACGACGACGUCCCCGCUGGCAGCAAGUACCAGCACAAGAAAGCCAAGAAGCAGGCAAAGAAGCAAGCAAAGCAACAAAGAAGACAGCAGAAGCUGGACGGGAGAGUCACGCUGGACAGCCUCACGUCGCCCAGCCCCACGCCGAACCAACGCGCGGACGACAACGAAGCAACCUCAACAAGUGAACAAAACCCCGCAGAAGGAGCCGAGUCCGAGCAGAGCCCGGCGGCCCUCGACCCGGUGGAGGACGAGCAGGACAAACAGGAAGACAGAGAAUCGGUGGGAGACUGCAGCUCGUCAUCCAGCAACCGCUUCAGCGCCUUGUCAGAGGGGCAGCAAGCGAAGGGCGACGCCCCCAGCGCGGACGAGGACGGCGAGGAGGACUCGCUGCUGGCGGAGGAAAUGGAGAAAGUCAACCUGGACGACGCCUUCAUGGAGGAUACGGACGCUGUGGAGCAGAGCAUGGAGAGCGAAGAGGAUCCGCAGGAGGCCAAAGAGUACACCGUCGUCAACCAAGACCCCGAGCUGGCCUUCCGCACGCUCGCCACCAGGACGACCCCGGACAAGCAGGAGUGCUCCGUCCAGUCGUGCCUCUUCCAGUUCACAGAGGUGGAAACGCUCUCGCAAAACAACAGCCUGCUCUGUGUCACGUGCACCAAACGGCACCGGAAGGACGGCAAGGCUGCAGAGUCCAAGAACGUCUACACAGAUGCCUUGAAGCAGAUGCUGAUUUCCUCCCCGCCGCCGGUCCUCACCCUUCAUUUAAAGAGGUUUCAGCAGAGUGGAUACAGUAUUUGUAAAGUAAACAGACACGUCCAGUUCCCUCUGGUUCUGGAUCUCGCUCCCUUUUGUGCAGUCAAGUGCAAAGACACAGCAGAAGAAGACACUCAGGUUUUGUACAGUUUGUACGGUAUCGUGGAACACAGCGGAACAAUGAGGUCCGGUCAUUACACAGCUUACGUGAAAGUCCGCCCCGACUGUCCCAAACCCUCAUCCAAUGGGAUCGCUGCUGAAGGAGCUGCAGAAGCGCCGAGAGCAUCCUGGUUCCACAUCAGUGACACCAGCGUCCAGCCCGUCAGCGAGAGCAAAGUCCAGGGCUGCCAGGCUUACCUCCUCUUCUACGAAAGGAUCAAGUGAUUCAAAGCAUGCCUCAAUACUCAGGAAAUCCAAAUCAACCUGCUGCUUCAGAUACACUUCAGUGGAGAGAUGUUUCUCACCUGUAACAAUAAAGAUUGGAGAUGAGUGGCAGUUUGGGAACAAUUUUCUGCUGGAGAAAGUCUAUUUUUAAUCAAUUUGUUGUAAAUAAAUAAUUUUAAA